GUUUCUGGGCCUGUGUACUUUCUUUGUCAAUGUUUAAAUAAAACUGUUGAAUUACAAAAAAAAAACAUGAAUUGUUUGAUGUAUUUUGAAAUAUUAGGCUAAUAGAAUUAGUAAUUGAUAAAAACUGCAAAGUGAGUUUGCAUAGAUCGAGGCCUUUGUGUUAUAGGAAUCUAGAUCUGUGUUAUUUUUUUUAACAUCAGAAUCAACCCCAAGGCGGACCAAGUUUCAAGUUGACAACAGAAAAAACUCUCACGCUUAAAAGAUUAAAUAAAAGUGAUUGCAAGGAUUCUGUGAUUUCUUAGAGAAUUUUCUACAACUUUGCAAGAAAACAGUUGUUUUGAGAAAUAAUGUGUUGCGAUUCAGACAAUGGAAUUUUUUGCCAACAAUGAGAUUCACAGUUUCAUCAGGUUUGAAUCAUCUGUUUUCUGGAUGCACUAGUCUGAAAAGCUAGUGCUGUUUAACUGCACCAUGAGUCUCAAAGGACUAAUUAAAGACUUAGAGGAUAUAGUCUCUAAACAAAAAGUUCUUGAAGAUUUAAAAGAGAAGUUACACAUUUUACUGGAUGACAUUAACCAAGUCACCAUAAAAUGUACAUCAUGGAUUCAAAAGACUGACAGCAUCACAUACCUUGAACUAAAGGAAUAUUUAACAGAUAAAAUUUCUGAAUAUAUUCAGCAGUGUUUAAAUUUCGCUCUGGAAAAUUCUAAUCCUGAGACUAAAAAAGAACACAUUAAAGAAGAUUCAAGAAUACAAUCUCCUUCAAGCUCUAGCUGUAAAGAUGAUGAAAAGCGUAAAACAAUGGAAGAGGAAAUAAUGAACUUGCAACAACAAUUCAAUUCUUUGGACAAACACACUAAAUGGUUAGCUAAAGAAAGCCAAGAGACAAGUGCACAAAUAACUGAAGAGCUUCAUUUAGCCAGUGAUUUUAUGUCCACGCUGCAAACUAAAAUUGAGACGCUGACAGAAGAAAUACAGAACAGCGUUCAGAAUCAAGAUAAGAAAAUGGAAGAGUUCUCUGAUAAAAUAGAGAAAUGCUUUAAACAAAUAAAUCUUUUAGCUAAACAGUCUGAUGACAAUUUACUUGGAACAGAAAUACAAAACUGUACUGAAGAAUUAGAACAAUGUCAAGGUUGCUUAGAAAAAAAGAGUGAAGUGAAGAAUUUAACAGAAGAACUUGAAAAAUGUCAAGUCUGUAUAGAAAGUCUAAAUGAAGAAGUGAGGAAUUUAAAAGGAAAACUUGUACAUGCUCAACAACUUAUUAAAAGUGGUGAAGAUGAAAUCAAGAGGCUAAAGUCAGAAAAAGAAAAAACUAAAAAAAAGUUGGAUGAACAUAUUCAAAAAAUUCACCAAAUCUUUGCAAACAUUGAUAGGCCAUUCAGAAGGUAUCCGUUCACUACUAUGCUUCUUUUUGAUGAGCGUCUUAGGUCCUUUUAUUGUGAAAGGUGUCAUACUGCAACCUAUGAGUGGUGGUAUAUAAAGAGAUUAAAAGAGCUUUGUAAAAAUUGCUGGAUGGUAGAACUGGAAGUCUGAUUUAAAGAAACUCAAGAAUCCAAUUACAUAUACACAAGUCAUUUCAAAAGGAAUGAACCAAUGUGUUAUUAAAUUAAACUGCAAGAGUUAUAUCUUCAUUCUUUUAUCUCUCUUUCUCUCCCCUCCCCCCUUUUCUUUUUACUGUUAACAUAUGAUUCAUGUUGCAAUAGUUUUUUGGCAGUUAUAUUUGCAACUUCAAUUAAAAUUGUAGAAUUCAGCACAUUCAUUAAAGUUAUAUUAUUUCCUAAA